UUAUGAUUUAGUAGUAACAAUAAUAAGAGGAUGGUGUAAAAGGAGAGAUAAAAGAAGAGGGAGGUAACGUAACUUAGUAUCCUGAAGAAAGUCGAAAUGAUCCUGGUCAUAAGACUUCAACUAAGAAGCGCACUUCAUCAAAUGAUUCAUCUCCUUCAUCUUCUUUCGAGAAUAAGAUUGGAAAGCGUUAUUAAUCGAAUAGCGAAUUCAAAGUACAUUUUUACGUACGUCAUGUACAUAUGAAUGGUAUGAGUGAUAAUGAAUUCUUAAGUUUUAUAAAGAGAAAAGGUAUUGUGUAUUAAUAUUUAGUUAAUUUGGCUGGAUCAUGUGAAAUUGUGUAAAUGUUUAAUUAGUAAGGAUCAUUUUGUGAUGUAGCUAUAGGAAUGACUAAUGAUGAUAAUGCAAAAUUAGUUUAUAUUGGAAAGAAGCAUUUCAAUUUUGGAAGGAAUGGUAAUUGGUUUUUUGGAUGUUAUUCAUUUAGGAAGAUAGAAAGAGAUUGUAGAAUUAAGUGAUGCAUUUAAAAAUUAUUUGGAAAACAAGAAAAUGUUAGACAAAGAAUAAUUGGAACGCUCAUUAAGAAGAAAUGUUUAUAAUUUGAAUAUAAUUUUAGUAAUAAUCAAAAGGAAGAAGUGAUAGUAGUGAAUCGUCAAGGAGAUACAAGAGUAGAAGUACAAGUAAGAAAAAGAAAAGCAAGAGAAUUGAUAAUAAAUAAAUAUGGCAAUAAAAUAAGAGAAGAUCUCCAUCUUCAUCAAGUGAACCAAGAAAAGUUAAGAAGACAAAAAAAAAUAGACAUUCAUCUUAAAGUUCAUCAAGAGAUUCAAAUAAGGAUAGUAUUCAACCAAUAAAACCUUAAUAAGUAUUUACAGAUAAGAAUACUGUUUAUAUAUUUUCAAUUCCUUAAGAAGUUAAUGAAAAUGAAGUGAUUUAAGAGAUUGUGUAGCAUCAUAAAUAGAGUGCUCCUAUCAAUCAUAUUUGGAGUUAUUAUUUAUAUUAAAUAUUAAGACACUUUAGAUAAGAUGCAAUAUCUAGAAUUAUAAUUUUAAGAUGAAAAUACUGCACAAUAUCUAGUAAACUUGAGGCCCUGUUUACAUGUUAAGGGCAUACCACUUUUAGUUGUGUCUAAAAAAUAAAGACCUGUUUCAGAGUUAAUAAGAAAUUUUGAAAUUUAAGUUGAACUUGAUAAAGAUGUGCUUGCUUUUAAUGUCUAUUAAGAAUUUAAAAAAUAUGGAGAUCUUAUUGGAAUUUAUGUUUUUUAGUAAAAUAGGAAGUAUUGAAGACUAUUUAAUUAUCAAGUUAUUUACUCUUGUAUUCAUCGUCUUCUUAAUUGCAGGAGGCUUUACGUCCUCCAGUCCAUUUAUAAUUAACUAUUAAUGAUUAAAUAGUUAAUGCUAAUGCCAAGAUUAUUGAUAAACCUAUUGAUAUCCAAAGACCAUUUAUCAAAGAAACUUUAGCUUAUUAACUAAACAAUUAAAAUGAUGAAGAUGAUGACAGUAAUACAAUCAUUAUAUAUUUAUAAGACAAGAAAAGAAAAAAUAAAAGAAAAGUUGAAAAACCUUAGAAAAAAUGACAAGCCAUUUUAAUUUAAUAUUCAAAAAAAUAUAUUAUUUACAUACACA